GCACGUCAUACAUUGUUUGUGCACGGAAGAGUUCAGAUCGAGCUUGUAAACAACACAGGAGAAACAGGGAAGCGGUCGCUGCGCUUAGUGUUAAAAAAAAAAAGAGGCGUUGAAUGCUGACUGAAAUAUGUUAAUCAUGAAGGAAUUGUGGAUCUAUGUUUCGACUUGAUAUUCCCAUUUCUGUUAUUUAAAUGGCUGGUGUGGGCAGCGACGAGGAAAGUGAAAACAUGACUGUCGAUUUCUGUGAAAAACAAGCUUCGAAUUCGGCACAGACAUUCGUGCACAAUUUUUUGGCCUACGAUCGGACUAACCCUGCUAUCGGUAAGACCAGAGAUCCAUAUGAUUAUGCCAAGAGGUUUACGGAGUUUUUUCUUCGUCAUUUUGACUAUGAGCUUCGUCGAUCUUCGACACACGGCUCAAAUAACCACCAUACGGAAGUAAAUUCACUGGUCGAAGCACACGGGGCUAGUGGCAGUAGUGCUGCUGAGUCCACUUCUCGGACAGGUGUCGUCCCUCAAAAUGGUGGUGACCACAUCCAUCAUGCACACGCAGACGAUUACGAAAGGGACAGUAGCCCCGACCGCAGCGUGAGCCCUUCACGCAAGGCAAACAAAGGCAUUCUCAGACGAUUCUCAUUCAAAAGCAUCCGUAAAUCAAAACUCUUCAAACAGGGCACAAAUGACGGCAAUGCAGAGCCUACUUCACCCAAUCCAAGAUCAAAACACAAAAAUAAAAAAGACAACAAACACAGAGUUUCCACAGCUGAUCCAGACAUUCAAAAAGAAGGCAUAGUAAACAUACUGUCAGCAGAAGAUGCCAAGGGAAAGACCAAAUGGGAAAAAACAAGACUUGUACUAUUAAAAACACAAAGUGGAUAUCAAAUGGAAUUUUAUUCACCACCAAAGUCAGUGAAGCCAAGGACGGGUCUGUUCUGCUUCUUGAUCACAGAAGUUCGUGAGACCACAGCUUUGGAAAUGCCAGACAGAGAAAAUACAUUUGUCAUCAAGGGUGAAGGAACCAUUGAAUAUGUGAUAGAAGCCAGCGACCCUCAGGAUCUCAGGGCUUGGUUAGGAGAGAUAAAAGGCUGUAUACAGCAGAACCAUUGCGCAGCAACAGCGGAAGGAAUCGCUGCAAUGAGACCAAGACUGCCAACAGCGCCCUCUGGAUCAAUAGAAAGAAAAGACACCAACCAGCUCACAUCACAGCACCGCAGUUCCUCGCAGGGAAGCCUGGGCAGCGCCACCCCUAUUGUGCCGCCUCGCCCAUCCCCUAGGCCUUGGAGCAUGAUUCAUGUGGACAACACCAACAACCUGAGUGGACAGAUCAGCGGUUCAGACAUGAGGGGAUCUCCCAGAGCAGAAAAUGGCUUUGAUGCAGGACAUCAAGAGGCACAGGAAGGGGAGGGAUCUGUAGAGAGAGUGCUGAAGGAGUACCCUUGGUUUCAUGGCACACUGUCAAGAGCUGAUGCUACAAGCUUGGUUCUACAGCAGGGGCACUCUGGCCAUGGUGUCUUCUUGGUGCGCAAAAGUGAGACUAGGGCUGGAGAAUAUGUGCUAACAUUUAACUUCCAAGGGAGGGCAAAGCAUUUACGAAUGACAAUCAACAAUGAAGGGCGUUGCAGAGUUCAACAUUUAUGGUUUGAGAAUAUAUUUGAAAUGUUAGAAAAUUUCCGCACUCACCCAAUUCCUCUGGAGUCUGGCGGCGCUUCUGACGUCACACUCAGUGACUUUAUCGUGGCUGUGGAGAGGCCUAGGACCCCGAAUGCUGGCUUGCACCAUGGGUCACCUCGUGUGAGGAAUAGCAUGGGGAAUGAGCAUCCUGGACGGAUACCCUCAUCCUCAGCUCACCAUGAUGGAGGUAGGAAUAUCAUGGUCAUAGGAGGGUCAGUUCGGGCACGAACGACAUCUAUUGAGGUCAUAAAUGUAAAUCCUCCGCAGUUACAGAACCAACAUAAUCGCGCCAUUGAUAACCACUAUUCUUUUGUGUAAUAGCUCUGGUUUACUGGAAUAUAUUGAUCAGCACUGGCUAUGUUUUACAGAGGUUAUGUUCUAAGUUUUUUUUUCUCACCACUUCUGCUAUUGUUAGUUUUUUUUUUUUUUUUUACUCUUAACAUUUAGUAGUCAGUUUUUUUUAUGUUGGUGUAAGUACUUUGAACUUGUAUAUUGUACAAUUAAAUCCUAGUGAUUCAGAAGCUAGAAAUGCCAUUUGUGUAAUAUUUAGAUCUCUUUCUCGAAGAAAAAUGUGUGUCACUUGACUCUUUGAGCACAAGGUCAGAAACUCUUUUAGUUACCAAAAAGUAUGACUUUCUUUUCUUCUGAUGCUGACUUAGAAUCAAUUCACAUAUUAUGUAGAGAAGAUGUCUAAUCUGGGUCUGUAUAAUUUGUACUGAUCUGAAGAUAGGUUGUGUGUUGAUGUAAUUAGUAUUACUAGUGAGUUCGUGGCCACAGACAUUCAGAUCAAGACAGUCCACAAUAAAGUAGGUGGAUGUAAGAAUAUAACUGUUUCAUUCAGAACAGGAACAGUCUAAUCUCAGUCACUAUAAUAGGCGAUGUUACCUCUGUGAAAGCCUAGCCUCAAAUGUCCGUUUAUCUAUAUCUAAUCUACAGUCUUGUUUUGGAUUAAUGUCGACAUAAUUAUGCCUUCACGAGCAGUCACUUAAAGUGCCUCUCUACAAUUAUAAAGACUUAUGGAAUUUAAACUAAAUUAUAGAUUACUAAGUCUUUUAAACCUGACAUUUUCCUAGGAGCAUUUUGGCCCUUGAAAAAUUUAAUCCUUAGAGGGAUAAUUACAGAAGGCCAAGCGGAGCUCCAAGAGCCUUGUGUUCAAAGGUGUCUAAGAAAGAACUGACUUGGGGAAAAGCUUGUUACAUUUUUAAUACUAAACUAACAGACCAGUACAGAAUUACUUAUUAGAGCUUUAUAUUUGUGUGUUUUAAAUUAAACCUAAAAGUUCUUUAAGGUAAAUUUACAUUGACUAGUUAUUUUGAAAUGUUAAAGUUUUUUUUAAAUUUGAGGUAGGUCUACACAGUACACAAGGAAGUAAACUUAUUAGGCCACACACUAUGUUUUGACCUUUCUGAUUGUUGUACACUGCACAGAAUUAAUUUCAAAAUUGAAAAGAAAAAAACUUUCCCAGUUUAUUUAAAAUUAGAUCUACCUGAGACUUAGUUCAAUUAUUUUGAUGUUAAGGGUUAGCAUAGUUUCUUUAAAAACAUUUGAUUGGUAAUGCACCAGAUGUGUUCAAAACAUUCCAAACAAAAAAAAUGUCAUAAGUAAGAGAACACCAAUCAAUGUUUCAUCAAUUGAUCAAAGAUGAUCCUAUAAAGAUUUGAUCUUCAUUAAUCUCUCAUACAGACUCAUUUUUUUGUUUUGACAGAAGCCUAUCCAAAUUUUUUCAAAGCUUAAAUCACUCUGUCUGUCCGGUACAAAUCUUGUACACCUUAUUUCUCCCACUUCCCAUUCUUGAAUCAAGUUGAAACUUUGCACAUUGAUUUGUUGUCAAUGACUACAUGAAUCCAUCAAAAAAAAAAAUUAACUAAUUAAUUCAUUUAUUAGUGGUAAUUAAUUCAUUUUGUUUUAUAAAGAAAAGGGAAUAUAUAUUGAAAGAUGUCAGUAAUUGUGCAGCUCUUUCUCUUCUGUAAGCUUUGUUUUUUAAAAAAAAUUGUCUGUGUAGUUACAUUUUUUUUGUGUUGAAAAUAAACAUUUCAGAUGUCUGUUUUUUUUUUUUCUUCAUUAGGCACUAAAUAUUUUCUACAAUGUUGUAAUAUUGUAUGUAUUGUACAAUACUGUAGCACUGAAUAUAUUGCACAAUAUUGUAGCACCUGUUGUUGUUUUUUUUUCCUCUAGCAUUCUUCCUCUGGUUGAAAGAUUAAAUGUUAUGAGGUGUGAACAAUUACAAAAAAAAAGGUAUUGAUCUGUGUUAUUAAUGGUCCUAGGAUUUGUACAGCAUCACUUCUGUUUUGUCUGUCUCAACGCUAUUAUUUUCUUGAAAUCCAAGUCAUUUUUACUUCAUUGAAUAUUGUAUUUAUAUAGGUUUUGAGGUAGUUAAUUAAAAAAAAAAAGUAUAUAAUUUAUUUGUGUUGAAAAGUUCAAUUGCUUUUGCAUGACAACAGGUAUAGCAUAAGUUUUACUUUUUUUUUUCUUCUUUAUUUGAUUAGCUUAUUCUAUAAAAAAAACAACAUUUUGGGCUUAGAGAGGCUUUUGCUGCACUUUCAUAUGUAAACAUUCUAAUAAGUUGUGGGCUUGUCUACUGCCUUGGUAGUGGGCUUGUCUACUGCCUGGUUAGUCAGCUUUUCUACUGCCUGGGUAGUGGGCUUGUCUGUGACAUGGGUAACACAUUUUUAUAAUUUUUUUUCCCUUUGAAGUUUUAAAGGAAAAAUAUAAUUGAUAAUGCCUCAGGGCAAGUAAGAUUAUAAGAUUGAUCUACAUGUCCAUAGCAUAAAUUUUUUUUCCUUAGUUUAAUCUACUGAUAAGGAUUACACUGUCAUUAUAUCAAAAAACAUUGAAGAUACUGUAUCUUUCUUUAAUUCAGAAAGUUUUUCUCCAUACUAGGACUACCAAAAAUCUAAGAAAGAUAUUUCUUUUCUCGGAAAACUGUUUUUUUUUAUAAAUACGCCAGCCAUGUGCAAUAUUUGUUGUCAAUUCUUUUAAGAACAAAAGCAUCAAAACUGUAAACUAUGCUGAAACAUGCACAUGUAUUGGACAAAUCUUUUUUUGAAAGGCUGGUGUAUUUGUUUUUAAAUGGUGAUAUGAAUGUUCUAUAAAUGUUGCUACUAUUGUUGUUAUUGAGGUAAAAAAUUUUUUUUAAAAAAAGGUCUUGUUUUGUUACCAAAACUUUAUAAGUGUUAUUAAUCUGCACAUUUGUAAAGAGAAUUUUUUUUUUGCAUUGUAUAUCAAUGGCUAAAUAUAAAUUGUUUAUCUUGAAGGCUUUGUUAGAGAUAGUGACUUAGAGAAUUGAGACUCAUAUUUAUAGUCCAUCUACAAUUAAUAUAUGUUUUUUAGCUUCUUUAAGUUAAACUUAUUUUACUUUAAUAUAUUGCUUUAUACUUUGUUCAAAUUUCUAAUCUCUCAUAAACAUAUUAUUAUUUAUAUAUCGACUUGUAAACUAUGAAGAAAACUCAUUUCAAUCGAAAUAAUUGAUAGCAUUUGUUUUUCGGUGGGUCAAAGCACUAAGUUGGGCAGCGUGUCAUUUGUUCAAAGACAUGAAAGUCAAGUAAUUUCUGAUGUUAGUGGUGAGGACUGAAAGGGUCUAGCACUAUAAAGUUCAGUUUAGAUUUAAACUAAGUUUUCAUGAAUGACUAAAAUGCAUUGAUGUAACACUGAUCAGAAACUAAACUUCUUCCAAAUGUUUAGGCCACAUUGUAUUAGCAUUGAGGAUUUGCCUUAAGGCAUCUAAAGAACUCGACCAAAACAUGGUACCUUAACUUAUUGGUUCAGCAGUGCUUGAUUGGGACAAAUGUGUAUUUGAUGGGGACAAAUGUGUAUUUGAUGGGUCAAGUGUGUCUUUUCUAAAUUUUCAUCAAGGAAGAAUUGUACAAAUUUCACAAGGAAAAGAAAUUAUUUUGUCAUAUUAUUUAAUUUUUUUUCAAUAUGCAUUUUUCUUUAAUUUAAUAAGGAAAAAAAAAAGGUUUCUAUUUGAGAAUGUACACAAACAAAUCUUUGUGUAAUGUUAAAUAAAAUGACCUUGUGUCAACACAUUGUAUACUACGGGUACAACUUUGAGAGAACAUGCACAUGCGUUCAUAUGUUUAUACAUAAAACUAAUUUAUAGAUUGUCUACAUCAAGUUACUCAAAUCAGAAACUAUGUAUGACAUUUACACAAACAGAAUGACAAAAAAAACUAGAAUAUCACUAUUUAAAUAAAACAAACUGUUUCUAGUCUUUGAUGUGAAUAAAUGUCUUUUUUUUUUUUCAAUAUUGUAAGCUCUAGGUUUCUCUCUAGAAAUAUUUAUAUUUAUUAUAGACUGAGAUACAUGUUUAUCUAACUUGGUCUGUCCUUUGUUACAUUAUGUAAAUGUCUUUAAAUUUUUUAGAAGGAUAAUCCAAGUCCUAGAACUUGCUUUUUAAUUUGUUGUUGAACAAUAUUUCCUCCAGGUGUAUCAGAGAAUUGGUUGGGAGACAUCUUUCAUUAUUUGUUACAUAAAACAAUGUUUUGAGACUGGCGUCUGCUCUUGUAGAACCAUCAAAUUGUGUGUAGUUAUGAACACCAACACAGAUGAAGAGUAAAAAUUAACUUAAUGACAAAGCAAACACAUGAGACUAGGGUGAGAGCAACACGUUUUGUACAUUUGUAAAUGCAUUACAAAUUAGUGACUUUAAUUUAGGAUUACUUGGAGAGCUUAUUAUAUAAAUAGAUUUUUUUUUUCUAUGUUAUGUGUUGAUGACUUGGGACUGCAUUUUGUUUUUGGUAAACAAAAACAUCAUCAUUUAAAAAAAAAAGUGUUUAUGUACAUGUGUAUGUUAAAACUCAAUGUACACAUAUCUCCAGACUGCAAGGUUUGGCUUGUAUUUAUUUAUCUCAUGAAGUGGCUCUAUUUAAUCAUUGUGAGCAUAUGAGAAGGAUUGUUUCUUGUCCAUACUGUAUUAUCUGUAUAUAUUUUAUAAAGAAACAAAAAUUAUGAAAGCUGUGCCACUGAUGUCAAGGCAUGAAGAUUGCAGUUUAGUGGUGAAAAAAUAUCCAUUAGCAAUGUGGGGAAAACACUCGUUAUGUUUCAGGAACUCUAUCAUAAUUUAGGUAAACAAAAACACAAUCUAAUAAAAUACUCAGUAAGACACAAUGAUGAAAGCACAUUUCUUAUUCCAUAUGCUAGGACACUUUCAUACAAGUGCUCCUUCUUCCCUUGUGUCAUUAGUGCACUGAACCAGUUGCCUGAAUAAGAAAGUAAAACCAAUGAGUUUAAAUUUCUAAUUAACAUGCACAACUAGAUUGGUAUAAGAUAAGAUAAUUAGGCACUAGCCAUUAAGGUGUUAUAAUGAUUUUCCGUAUACGUACUAAGUAUAUCAGCUUUAGAUUAUAUGCUGUGCUCACUACAUGUUUGCUUUUUGUGAUACAGAAAACUUGUAAGUUCUGACAAUAAUGUGACACUUUGUAUAAAAAUUAAAUUUGUAUGUGUCGGUAUCUUCUGCCAUAUCAAGCAUUUGAUUGUUUGCAACAAGUAAAUGGUACGAAUAUUUUUUUUUUAAUGAGACUUUUUUUUUUAUUGUGAAACAUCAAUUUUUUUUUUAUUUUGCCAAAAAUAAUAUUGACAGUAAAAAAAACCCAACUGUUUGGUAUCACUUACAGAAAUGCUCAUUCAAGUCUAUAUAUUUUAUAAUUAGAUGGCUGCCUGGUCUUGUGUUAUGCACUCUGGAUUGUCGUCAUGAUGGUCAGAGUUCAAACCCUGCCAGCCAUCAUCCUCUGCCACCAUGCUGGAGGUUUAGGCUAGGAUGUAAUAAUCUACAAAUCUGAAGGAACAUCUGAAAGAUGUAAAUCAAAUCUAAACUACAGUUUGGUUCGACUGUAAUAAAUGCUAAAAAAUAAUAAAUACUUUUGAGAUUAUGUAAUAAAUUAGGUUAUUGAUUGUGUAUCAUGCUGAUGAAGUGAGAUAGGAUUAUCAUUCAUGCCUGUACUGAGAUAUGAUUAUCAUUCAUGCCUGUACUGAGAUAUGAUUAUCAUUCAUGCCUGUACUGAGAUAUAAUUAUCAUUCAUGUCUGUACUGUGUAGUAUGUGUCAAAUUUGAUGUCAUCUUCACUUUGUACAUAUUUGGCUGGGUCAUUUUGAAGGAUUUGAAGUACUAUUGUAAAUACUAGCCAUAUUUUGCACAGAUGUUACGUUUUUUAUUGUUUUGUUUUCUAAGUUUCCAAUGUUCUAAAGGAAAUGUCAUAGACUCAUUUCAUUCGGCUCAUUAUUGAAUGUCUUAUGGUUCAGCUAUUUAUUAAAUGCUUUAACAACAACA